AUGGGCCGCCGCCGCCUGCCCGUGUGGCUGUGCGCCGUCGCGGCGCUGCUCUCGGGGGCGCAGGCCAAGGGCACCCCGCUCCUCGCGCGGCCCGCGCCGCCCGGUGCCGCCCGCUACAGCCUCUACACGACGGGAUGGCGCCCGCGGCUGCGCCCCGGGCCGCACAAGGCCCUCUGUGCCUACGUGGUGCACAGGAAUGUGACCUGCAUCCUACAAGAGGGAGCAGAGAGCUACAUAAAGGCUGAAUACCGGCAGUGUGGAUGGGGGCCCAAGUGCCCCGGGAUAGUCACGUACCGCACAGUGCUCAGACCCAAGUACAAGGUUGGCUACAAGACAGUGACAGACCUCACAUGGCGUUGCUGCCCUGGCCUCACUGGAAAAGGCUGCCCUGAGCACCUCACGGACCACGAGUCCACCCCACCUCAACUGGCGCCUGAAUCCCAGAUUCCCUCUGGGCAGCUGGACCCAGGCCCAGGCCACAGGCCCCCUCCUUACAGCAGAGCGGCCCCCAACCCCCAUGGAAGGAAAGGCCCAGGGCUGUUUGGUGAGCGGCUGGAACGCCUGGAGGGUGAUGUCCAGCGCCUGGCACAAGCGUAUGGUACCCUCAGUGGCCUCGUGGCCAGCCAUGAGGACCCCAACAGGAUGACUGAUGGCCCCAGGGCUUCUGCCACCCCCAUGGGCUUCGGGGUCAUCCCCGAGGGGUUUGUGGACCCGGGAGACAGAGCCCGAGGGCCACUCACGCCUCCCCUGGAUGAGAUCCUGAGCAAAGUGACAGAGGUGAGCAACACUCUGCAGACCAAGGUGCAGCUGCUGGACGAGGUGCAUGGAUUGGCACUUGGCCAUGAAGCCCACCUGCAGCGGCUGCGAGAAGCCCCGCCAUCCCCGCUUACCUCCCUGGCCCUGCUGGAGGAGUACGUGGACCGACGGCUGCACCAACUCUGGGGGAACAUGCUGGAUGGCUUCGAGCAGAAGCUGCAAGGUGUCCAGAGUGAGUGCGACCUGCGGGUGCAGGAGGUGCGGCAGCAGUGUGAGGAGGGCCAGGCGGCCAGCCAGAGGCUGCACCAGAGCCUCGAUGGCCGGGAGCUGGCCCUGCGCCGAGAGCUCUCACAGCUGGGCACCCAGCUGCAGGGCCUGGGCACGGCUGAUGGGGGCGGCUGCUGUGGCCAGCUGUCCUUAAUUGGUGCCCGUGUAGACAGCCUCGAGAGGAACCUGCAGGCAGUCACGGAGGCCCACAGGGGCCCAGCCGCCCCGGCCGGGGAAGAGCUCUCGCAGCUCUCUGCUGCUAUGCUCGAGGGAGGUGUGGAUGGGUUGCUGGACGGCCUGGAGACCCUCAAUGGGACAGAGAGUGCAGCGAGGGGCUGCUGUCUGAGGCUGGAGAUGGGAGGGUGGGGUGUGGGUGGCUUUGGGACUACGCUGGAGGAGCGUGUGCAGAGACUGGAGGGGCGCCUGGCAACCCUGGCAGGGGAGCUAAGCCACAACAGUGACCCGUCGGGCAGGUCGGCGCGGCCCCUGGUGCAGACAGAACUGGCUGUACUGGAACAACGGCUGGUUUCACUGGAGACCUCGUGCACCCCCAGCACCACCUCAGCCAUCCUGGACAACCUCGUGGCAGAGGUAAAGGCCUGGCAGAGCCGGAGUGAGGCCCUCCUACGCCAGGUGGCCAGCCAUGCAGCUCUGCUCCAGCAGCUCAAUGGCACUGUGACCGAGGUCCAGGGGCAGCUGGCAGAAGGGACGGGCAGCUCACUCCAAGGUGAGAUCACUCUGCUCAAGGUCAAUCUGAACUCAGUGAGCAAGUCACUCAUAGGUCUCAGCGACUCUGUCAGCCAGUACUCUGAUGCCUUCUUGGCAGCCAACUCAUCCCUGGAUGAGCGGGAACGGAAGGUGGAAGCCGAAGUCCAUGCCAUCCAGGAGCAGGUGAGCAGCCAAGGCUCUAGGCUUCGGGCAGGCCACAGGCAGGUCCUGAACCUGCGGGGGGAGCUGGAGCAGCUCAAGGCUGGUGUGGCCGAUGUGGUUGGUGGGCUGAGCCACUGCCAGGACACAGCCCAGGAACUCCAGCACAUAGUGGGCCACUUUGACCGUCGGGUGACACAACUGGAGGGCACGUGUGGGAGGCUGGGCCUGCUGACCGCAGGCCUGGACAGCUUGUCCACUGAGCCACUUAGGCCCAGGGAGGGCUUGUGGGGCCACAUGGACCAGUUGAAUCGCACACUGGCCCAGCACACACAGGACAUUGCCCGCCUGCGAGAUGACCUGCUGGACUGCCAGCUGGCUGAGCGUGCACGGCCAGGGCAAGCUGACUAG